AUGGGAUCCACCACACAAAUGGUUGAUUCCCUAGCAAUUUAUGAUGCGUCAAUGCAGCUUCCCGAGCCCAACGAUAAGGAAGGGAUUCUAGCAUGGCUUGGGUUUAAUGAGAUAGUUUCCGAGAAGGUAUUGAAAGAGUACGAAGACUGCAUUAAGGACAAUGAUCCCGAAGGUAUUCUACGCCCAUCAGUUAUACCAGAAGAAACCUUGCCUCGUAACCUUAAACGAGUAUUUACUCAGUUUGACGAAGAGGACGACGAAGAAAGCCCUGGCUUGAGGCCUGAAUUCGCAUUAUUGUGUGGGAAGACUCCAGUCCAUGCAUCAGAAGGUAUGAAGGAACGAUGGUAUAUCAAGGCGGUAGGAAAUCAUGUCGAAGACUUGGUGGGAAUGUAUACUGCUAUGUUGGGGGAUUUGUGGAGGGAGAGAGCCUAUGCCAGAACAAUGGAAAGCGAGAAGGGAACCGAGAUGAAGACGGAAAAGGAGACCUGGUAG